GGUCGCAACUUGCUUGAAUUGGUCAACAAGAGGAACUUAUCUACUGGAAUCUGGACUGAUCGACCUGCAUACCGCGUAUUUACUUGAUUUGAGUUGGUGGUGACGAAAGCCUCCGUUAAGUCCGCUCGCGCAAGCCGCAGCCAUGACGAGCAUCGAUGAGCUCUUCAAGAAACCUUCAUCUGCAGUGAGUUCAAAGCGCAAAUUCGAUGCCUCGAAAGAUCCAAAUGAGCUCUAUAAAGCGGCUAAGCUGGACGCGGGUGGAGAUGUUAAAUCAAAAGGGAAGGCGGCAAUAGUAAAAGAGGAAGGAGGCGACGCAGAGGACGACUAUGCCGGCCCAGAAUUACCCCCGGAUUUCGAGGCCGAAGAUGUCCCCGAUGACGAAGAAGGUCGCUUUUUCGGCGGUGGUAUGGAGCGCCAGACCGCUCAGGCUAUGCAAUACAUUGACCAGCAUGAAGAGGAAGAAGCAUCGCUGGAGAAAUUUGACCUUGCCUGGGUGCGACGAUUCGCCCUGAACUUCGAGAAGAAGAUAUCCAAGAAUGCUGAGCUUCGCGGAAAAUUCGAGAAUGAUCCUCAAAAGUUUAUGGCUUCGGAGGCGGACCUCGAUACUGAGAUCAAGGGCCUAUCGAUUCUCUCCGAGCACCCCGAACUGUUCGAGGAAUUUGCAAAGCUGGGCUGCGUUGGCUCACUCGUAUCCUUACUCUCCCAUGAGAACGCCGAUAUCGCGAUCGAUGCCAUCCAGAUCAUUGGGGAAUUGACUGACGAAGAUGUGGAAGCUGAGCAGGAGCAAUGGGACACACUUGUCAACGCUAUGUUGGAUGCCGACCUUGUCGAACUACUAGCGCAAAACCUGUCUAGGCUAGACGAAGAAUCCGAGGUUGACAGAGCAGGGGUAUACUACGUGCUAAAUGUUCUUGAAAACCUCGCCUCGCAAGCGUCAAUCGCAGAGAAGAUAGGGGAGGACCCCAAUGUUCUGCCUUGGCUCAUAUCUCGUAUUCAGAAAAAGGAAAGGCCUGUGAGCCAGAAUCAACAAUACUCGGCUGAAAUUCUGGCCAUCCUACUACAGUCUACGGCCAAGAAUCGCGAGAGGUUCGUGAGCUUGGACGGCGUGGAAGUUCUUCUUCAAUUACUCAGCCAAUAUCGCAAGCGUGAUCCAGAGAAAGAUUCUGACGAGGAGGAAUAUGUCGAGAAUUUGUUUGACUGUUUGAUUUGCGUCGUUGAUGAGGAAUCAGGCAAGGACAAAUUCCUGCAAAGUGAAGGAAUUGAACUCGCUCAGAUUAUGCUGAAAGAAGGGAAGUUCAGUAAACAGAGAGCUUUACGAGUUCUGGAUCAUGCUCUAGGCGGUGCAGCAGGUGCAAGUGCUUGCGAGAGGUUCAUCGAAGCAGCAUGUUUGAGUACUGUAUUUGGCAUGUUCAAGCGCAAGCAAGAGAACCAGACGGUCGAACAUUUACUGGGCAUUUUUGCUUCCCUCCUGCGCCUGCUACCGGGGGGGUCCGCGCCGCGUAUACGUACGCUUGCCAAGUUCAUGGAGAAGGACUAUGAAAAGAUCGAGAAACUCGUCAAGCUACGACGGGAUUAUGCUUCGAGAGUGUCUCCCGUCGAGCAAGCGGUUGAGAAGGAACGGAAAAGCUUCACACCAGAGGAACAGGAGGUCAUGGCAAGCGAAUGGUUAUCCCGACGGUUUGACGCUGGGCUGUUUUCGCUUCAGCUCAUUGACGUGAUUCUGGCUUGGCUCGUCGCCGAAGAUGAUGGGGCUAAGAGGAAGAUUGUUUCACUUCUCGCAGACCGAGAUGAGGAUUUGUCUUUGGUCAAAGCUACCUUACAAGUGAAUUCAAUUCAAUGGAUAAAUAACGAUCACGUGAUGGUGGUUCUUUGUUUCGGAUUAGUGUUACUUCUCACCCCCGGUGUCUACCCUCUGACAUUAGCCCUUUGGCGACGUCGAGUGGGAUAUUUUCCGCCGAGCGCGUCGCGCCCUUUGCGCCUUCUUGAAUCCUUGUCCAUGGCCGACUACGAAGAUGCCUACGAGGAUGAGUACUACGACGAUAUGGACGAGGGGAUCACGUCGGAGGAUUGCUGGACCGUCAUCUCGUCCUUUUUCGACACAAAGGGUCUGGUUUCACAGCAGCUAGACUCUUUCGAUGAGUUCAUCUCGUCAACGAUGCAGGAGUUGGUGGAGGAACAAGGCCAAGUGACACUGGAUCAGACGCUCCCCCCCGCCGAAGAUGAAGUCGACCCGGUUGUUGUCCGCCGAUACGAGCUCAAGUUCGGAACCGUCAUGCUCUCCCGCCCCUCCGUGACGGAAGGUGAUGGUGCAACGACCAUCAUGCUGCCGCAAGAGGCUCGUCUACGUAACCUUACAUAUGCCAGUCCUCUAUACCUGGGUGUUACCAAGAAGAUCAUGGAGGGUCGGGAACGUCUGAUUGCCGACCGGGAUGAGGAUGAGAUGGGUGACCCGAGCGAGGAUCGCAAAGCUCAUGGCACCUAUCUUUCGUGGGAGCAGAAGGAACUACCCGCUGACCAAGCUAAGGAGGAGACGGUGUUCAUCGGAAAGGUGCCCAUCAUGCUCAAGUCCAAGUACUGUAUCCUUAAGGACUUGAGCGAACAGGCUCUCUACAACUGGAAUGAGUGCCCUUACGACUCGGGCGGUUACUUCAUCAUUAAUGGCAGUGAGAAGGUUCUGAUUGCCCAGGAACGCAGUGCUGGCAACACGGUCCAGGUUUUCAAGAAGGCGCCACCCAGUCCCACACCUUAUGUUGCUGAAAUUCGCAGUGCUGUCGAGAAGGGUUCGCGGCUUUUGUCACAAUUGUCUCUGAAGCUGUUCGCGAAAGGUGAUAGUGCCAAGGGUGGAUUUGGUCCCACGAUUCGGUCGACACUGCCCUACGUGAAGACCGAUAUUCCAAUUGUGGUUGUUUUCAGAGCUCUCGGAGUGGUCUCUGAUGAAGAUAUCCUGAACCACAUUUGUUAUGACCGCAACGACACACCUAUGCUGGAGAUGCUGAAGCCAUGUAUUGAAGAAGGUUUCGUCAUUCAGGACCGCGAGGUCGCACUUGACUUCAUCGCCAAGCGUGGGUCUUCCCAGUCCAGCAUGAACCACGAACGCCGUGUCCGUUAUGCUCGUGAGAUCAUGCAGAAAGAGUUCCUCCCGCAUAUUUCCCAGAGCGAAGGUAGUGAGACGCGGAAAGCCUUCUUCUUGGGUUACAUGGUGCACAGACUUCUCCAGUGUGCUCUGGGUCGCCGGGAUGUCGACGACCGUGAUCAUUUCGGUAAGAAGCGCCUGGACUUGGCCGGUCCUCUUCUUGCGAACCUUUUCCGAGUCUUGUUCACCCGCGUCACCCGCGAUCUACAGCGGUAUGUUCAGCGGUGCGUGGAGACGAACAGAGAGAUUUACCUGAACAUUGGUAUAAAGGCUAGCACCUUGACGGGAGGAUUGAAGUAUGCUCUUGCUACGGGUAACUGGGGCGAGCAGAAGAAGGCAGCUAGCUCCAAGGCCGGUGUGUCUCAAGUGCUCAGUCGUUACACUUACGCCUCCACCUUGUCCCAUCUUCGCCGAACCAAUACACCCAUCGGGCGAGACGGAAAGAUCGCCAAGCCUCGUCAGCUUCACAACACUCAUUGGGGCCUGGUGUGUCCGGCUGAAACCCCUGAAGGUCAAGCUUGUGGUUUGGUCAAGAACUUGGCUCUCAUGUGCUACAUCACUGUCGGUACGCCCAGCGAGCCUAUCAUUGAUUUCAUGAUUCAGCGUAAUAUGGAAGUCCUCGAGGAGUUCGAACCUCAAGUGACACCGAACGCUACCAAGGUGUUCGUCAACGGUGUCUGGGUUGGUAUCCAUAGAGACCCCGCUCACCUUGUCAACACGAUGCUUUCCCUUCGUCGCCGCAACAUGAUUUCGCACGAGGUCAGUCUGAUUCGAGACAUUCGUGAGCGGGAGUUCAAGAUUUUCACCGAUGCUGGACGUGUCUGCCGACCGCUCUACGUCAUUGACAAUGACCCGAAGAGUGAAAACUGCGGCUCUCUGGUGCUCAACAAAGAACACAUCCGCAAACUGGAACAAGAUAAAGACCUGCCUCCAGACUUGGAUCCAGAAGACCGCCGCGAUCGUUACUUUGGUUGGGAUGGCCUGGUGAAGUCUGGUGUAGUGGAGUACGUCGAUGCUGAAGAAGAAGAGACCAUCAUGAUUUCCAUGACUCCGGAAGAUCUCGAAAUUUCCAAGCAACUCCAGGCUGGUUAUGCUCUUCCGGAUGAGGAACUACACGAUCCGAACAAGCGUGUACGCUCCAUUCUGAGUCAAAAGGCGCACACUUGGACUCACUGCGAGAUCCAUCCCAGUAUGAUCCUUGGUGUUUGUGCCAGUAUCAUUCCCUUCCCAGAUCACAACCAGUCUCCCCGUAACACCUAUCAGUCCGCUAUGGGUAAACAAGCCAUGGGUACGAUGGCCAACAUCCUUUACUACCCUCAAAAGCCCCUGGCCACAACGCGGUCCAUGGAAUUCUUGCGAUUCCGUGAGCUCCCGGCUGGUCAGAACGCUAUUGUUGCUAUCGCUGAAGAUUCCGUCGUGAUGAACCAGAGCAGUAUCGAUCGUGGUUUAUUCCGCAGUCUCUUCUACCGUACUUACACCGACAGCGAGAAAAUGAAGCCGAUGAGAUCGGACACCCUCGGCAUGCGGAAGGGAACCUAUGAUAAGCUCGACGAGGACGGCAUCAUCGCCCCGGGUGUUCGUGUCUCCGGUGACGAUAUCAUCAUCGACGCGGAGGAGUUGGGCCAACGGACCAAGGCGCACACCAAAACGGACGCCUCCACUCCCCUCAGAAGCACGGAGAAUGGUAUCGUGGACCAGGUGUUGGUAUCUACGAGUAACGACGACCUGAAGACGACCAAGGUGCCCCAAAUUGGUGACAAGUUCGCCUCGCGUCACGGACAGAAGGAGGAUAUGCCAUUCACGCGUGAGGGUGUGGCUCCCGACUUGAUCAUCAAUCCUCACGCCAUUCCUUCUCGUAUGACAAUUGCCCACUUGAUUGAGUGUCAGCUUAGUAAGGUUUCUGCGCUACGUGGAUUUGAGGGUGACGCCACACCAUUCACUGACGUCACGGUCGACUCAAUUUCUCGUCUUCUUCGUGAACACGGUUACCAAUCUCGUGGAUUUGAGGUGAUGUACAACGGCCACACUGGACGGAAGAUGGUGGCCCAGGUCUUCUUGGGGCCGACCUACUACCAGCGUCUGCGCCACAUGGUGGACGACAAGAUCCAUGCCCGUGCACGCGGGCCUACGCAGAUCCUGACGAGACAACCUGUGGAGGGUCGUGCCCAAAUGGAGCGCGAUUGUAUGAUUGCGCACGGAGCCAGUGCCUUCUUGAAGGAGCGGUUGUUCGAUGUGUCCGACCCCUUCCGCGUGCAUAUCUGCGAUGACUGCGGCUUAAUGACCCCGGUUGCAAAACUCAAGAAAGGUCUAUUCGAGUGCCGACUGUGCAACAACAAGCACCGUAUUUCGCAGGUGCAUAUCCCAUAUGCAGCCAAGCUUCUGUUCCAAGAGCUGGCCUCGAUGAACAUUGCCGCUCGCAUGUUUACCAACCGGUCUGGAGUGUCCGUGCGGUGAGAGAGAACAAGGAAUACCAUCCAUGUAUAUCAGUUGAAUCUCUUUUUCUUUUCUUUUUUUUCCCCUCUAUCUUCUCACCCCCGCCUCUCUAUAUCAUGAUAAUUUCCUUUCUUGUCUUCCGGUGUUUUUUUCCCCUUUUUUUCUUUUUAUUUUUUCCCCAUUGAAUAUGCUUCCCAUCCUUCUCCACCAUCAAAAUCUGCGAUAUCAACCGAAGACCCGACUGAUUCGGCAUUUUCCGGCGUACAAAGGAUCUGAGGGUUGUGAUUCCUUUUUUGUUUGUUUGUUUUUUUUUUUUUUUUGGCGGAUGAUGAUGAGUGAGCAGCGAAGGGGUUGGGAUUACGAUAUACUUUGCUGUACUUGACUGAAUAAAGGGUGGCAUUGGAGCCGAAUC